CUGCGUGUUUAAAAGCCUGACUGUACUGGUUGUGAAGCACCAGAGACGUGAAUGAAGAAAUGAAGACCCUCAGGAACGCGCUCCUCUGCCUUGCUGUACUGCAGCUGUGCCCUUCUUCCAGCUACUCUGGACCUGUGGCCUCAUGUUGUCUGAGAACAUCUGAAACCAUCGUGCCACGUAAAAAUAUAAUAGAUUACGACAUACAGAAGAAGGGCAUAUGUCCCGUAGAGGCUGUGAUAUUUAUCACAGUCAAAGGGAAAAGAUUCUGCCUUAACCCCACCAACACAUGGGUGAAUAAAACCAUGGAUUAUUUAAAUGGAAAGAAAAGGGGUCACUUGACAACCACCAUCAGUUACACAACCAGCGAAGCAUAAGCAUGUUACCCUCCCUCUGGACUAAGGAGCACUUUCCCAUAGCUUCAAAAAUUAACUUUGGGAUGUUCUGUGAUUGUGACCCCCCCCCCCCCUUAAAUUAAUGAAUGUAUUUUGCAAAAUGUGUAUAUUUUUGUAUGUUAGCCAUUUUAAUAGGCACUUUACUGUGUGGGAUUGUUUCAAUAUUUCUGUAAGACACUGAAUGAGGAACUGCGAUUGUUAUAUUUCAAAAUCUAAUUUGGAAUUUAAAGCAAUUGUAUCAUUUUUUUAUUUAUUUAUUGAAGCGAAACUAACUUUGCAUAUAUGUGUUUUGAAAAAUAAAAAAGCUUUCAAUUA